ACACUUCAUUCCAACUUCUCAUUAACACAAUCUCAUUCGUCUUGGGUCCGUUUCCUUUGCGUAUACAUAAACAAACACCAGUACCGUCCGUCCCACGAGAAAAUGAACAACCAACAGAGUGCUAGUUACAAAGCCGGUCAGAUCGAAGCCCAAGCCGAGGAAAAGGGUAAUCAAAUGAUGGACAAAGCUAGCAAUGCAGCCCAGUCUGCCAAAGAAUCAGUGCAACAGGCUGGUCAGCAAAUGCAGGAAAAGGCACAGCAAGCAACUGAGGCAGUGAAGGAUGCAACUGGAAUGAACAAAUGAACGAAAAUAAUUUUUCUUUCUUUUAUUUAAUGUGUGUGUGGCAAUAUUUUAUUUGCUAUUUUUGUUUCAUAAUCGUUUGACAAAAAAAAAAACUCGGAUGUAUCAGAUUAUUUAGCAUCUUUAUUCGAAUAAAAAUAA